CUUUGUUUUCCUGUCACCCACAGAUGAAAGCCACACUGGUAUUGGUCCAAUUUGCUUCUGUCCAGUAGUCAAUCAUAGCUUAGCUUUCAUUUGGAUGUAGGCAUGGGCUUGGUGGGGCAUUUGUGUUUGUCAACACACUAUUCUUGUUCUUUAAAAUUUGCUAAAUGAUCUUCGAACGUUCUGAAACAUUCCGUAAUGACCAGAGUAGUCACAACCAAUGCUCUAACUGGUAAAGAGUUCAUAUUACAAAUUUUCCCUCACAGUGGUUUAUUAGCCAUCAGAAAGUGAUACUGGUAGCAUGGCCCAAAAGUCAAAUCUAGCAGGGAAAGUAUUGAGCAUUUACUUUGAAAACACUGAAUUUUUCAGAUCAUUCUCAAAGGGUUUGUGUGCAUAUGUUGUCAAGUGCUUACAAGAGAGACAGGACUGAGUUGUGGUUCGGCAGUUAUUUAUUGGUACAUAUACAUGUAAAACAGAAGAAGGAACAGAUGCAAAAGACAGUUUAUCUAUAAAGAUCAAAACAAGUUAACCCUCUGCAUUGUAACCAGCUUGGCUUCUGCCCGACAUUCCUACCAACUGCCGAUGUCGGCUUGUACAUGUGCAUGUUUAUAACGCAUCAACCUGUGAAAGUUUGGUUUAAUCUGUGGUUUGACUUCAGGUUUGGAAUUAUUUUGAAGUUGACAUCAAAACCAGAUUUCACCAUUCAAAACUAUUUCCAUGCAUCUAUAUAUAAAAAAACAAUUUUUUACAUGUACAUGUAUAUAUGUAAAUUUUAGCUAGAGCUCUAUCGAGGGCUGCAAAAAUGGCCCUAACCAAAGGAACAUGAAUGUACUGACAUCAAAGAAAUGGGAAUCUCUCUUUAGACUAGUCUUAAUUCCGGUAUUCAUGUGGUACAUGGAGGUUGUACACUGCUUUAUGUCACAAAGUAUUGGUUAGAAGGAGUCCAUGAGUGGCACAUACUGUUGGAGAAGAGGCUCUUGAUGAUAAUGAUACUUGAUAAUGCAAACAUUUAACUUAUUAUCAUUGGUAAGAAUGGAUCCAGGUUCAUCAAAUACAGGAAGAAAGUUGCUGGGUCAUGUCCCCCCUCAGUCCCUUUGUAUUUCUGUAGUUUGAUGAACCACAUUCUACCACUUACUGUAUGACCACAGUCACUUUUUCACUCAGUAUAGGUCUUGUGCGAGUGACGUCAUCUGCCACGGGAACUUUGACACCGCCAUGUUGGUGAUCAGUACGCACAUCACUAUAUGCUGCUCUUCUUUCUUCUCGUUGAGAUGAUGACACAUGCUCAAGCCAGCUGGGAAUGAAGUCAGAUGAUGAGCUGAAUUCUUUGUCAUUAUGUCCACAAUGCUACGCUACAAGGUCAUAACUCUGGACAUCCACAAUACGCUGAUGCGUGUCAACCAAUCCACAGGUCAGCAGUAUAGUCGGGUUGCACUUCAACAUGGUGUCACUCUGGAUCCACUCGUUAUUGAUAAAGCAUUCCACAAUGCACUCAAAGAGCAGAGGGCAAAGCACCCCAACUAUGGAAUACAUGCAGGUAUGUCUUCUAGUACAUGGUGGUGUGAGGUGAUAAGAAGAACCUUUGUUACUUGUGGCUACACUGACAGAGAGACAGUAAGCAAGAUUGCUUCCACCCUCUAUGAAGACUUCAAGAAACCCCUAACUUGGUUUGUCUUUCCAGAGGUCAAGUCAUCGUUGACCUCACUGAAUAGGCUUGGGGCAUGCCUAGGUGUAAUAUCCAACUGUGAUGAGAGACUAGUGGAUGUCCUGCAAGCUAUGAACUUGGCCAACAAUUUUGCCUUCAUCCUACUGUCAGUCUUCACUGGCCACCAGAAACCAGGAGCGGAGAUGUUCCAGAUGGCAAUGGAGAGGUUAAAUGUGAGACCAGAAGAGUGCCUGCAUGUUGGGGAUAAUGUGCAGCAAGACUAUGAGGGCGCUAGAGCUGUCGGUAUGGCAGCAGUAGUUUUGGACAGGGAUGGUUCAAUUGCUGAUAGCAACCCUAGUAUUCCCUCAGACCAUUUCAUACCUGAUCUCAGUAAGCUAGAAAGUUUGGUUCUCAAGUCCACAUGAUAUGGUAAGGCUUAUUGCAAUAUUUGCAGCUGAUGAAGAUAUAGUAAAGGGCAUUAACAGCAGUCAACAUUGCAGCACCUAGGACUGCAGUUUCAUAGAGUUUCUCCAAAUACGGGAAAUAUUUUGAGGAAAUGUUUAUGAUCUGUUUUAAAGUUUGUCAUCAGAAGCUUUAUAUUUUGAUUUUUCCAGCCAACUAUAAAAUGCCAUUGUCCACACUUGGAACAAAAUUUCCUGUCUCAGUAUUGAUUGGAUCAAAAGAAACGAAAUUAUAGUUUUCAGAAUACUCUGUAAAUAUGGAGAGGUAAAAACGGCAAAAGAAUUUUUUAAAUCUAAAAAAUACCUACAUAGUUCAUUGAAUAGUUCAGUACAUCUAUGCUACAUGUAUGUUCAAAGAAAUAUCAGAGUAUUGUACAACCUAACUAAUACGCUUCUUGUUGCGCAGAAGUCUGCUCUUUUUUCAUUCUUUUUCUCUGUUAUAUCAGGUAAGUCGUUCAUUUAUAAUGACACUGUAACAGAGAAAUUUAAUUGUAUCACCGCAUAGACGCGCCAUGAGGCGCCAAAGUAUAUGCGCAUUUGAUACUGAGUACGCAUAACUAAUUUACUUCGGCAUGUAUGGUCUUUGCAUACACACAGAAUGCGUGCAACAACCCGCUUGUAAGCACCUGUCUUACUGUUUUUGCCGAUUUGGGUUGCACUUCAGCUCGGGGCAGAUAAUCUCCAACAUUACAAGUGAGAUGAUGGUUGACAGAGUAUGUAGUUAAAUAACAUCCUAUCAUGGAAUGAGGUCUUUCAUGCAAGUGGUCAUAUUAUUGGACACGGCAGUAAACAUCAAAUGUUACCAGUCACACAUGUAUGACCUGGCAAUACUAAAAUAACACUGAAAGCACAUUUUAGAAAGAAGACAAUGGAAAUUGUCAUUUUCAUUUUUUCCGUUAAACACAGCCAGACAUCCCACUUUUAAUACUACUCAUUUAUUGGCCGCCUAAAAAUAUUUUUCAUUUGCACUUUUACCUUGUCUUAAAUUAGGAAACAAGGUACAUGUACAUGUAUCUGUGGAGUUUUGGGUCAGUUUUUGGUUCAUCGCUACAGAAUGAUGUGUCACCUCAUGCAAACUUCUUUCAAGUAUACGUGUACUUGCUGUUAUUUUCUUUUUUAAAGAAAUUUAAUGGUGGCAGAAAAUGUGACUGAUGGUCAUCUGAUUUUGCAGUAGUGACUCACACAGACACAUGGUGCACUAUGCUGCUGUUACAGUAGCAAGCUAACUUUAGUUCCAGAGUGAAUGAAGUUUUGGACCAAAAGAUAUUCCUUUCUUUACACGCUAAUAGAACUUUUCUUUGAUCAGUCAACCAGGGAAGGUCUAUCAAGCCAGCAAGCCUUGGGCAAUAUUGCCAUCCUUUUCUCUUUGUUUUGGGGUAGACGUAGAUGCUGUUAGUUUACAUUAUACUGUUCGACUCCCGCCCUAUCUGUUCAAAAUUAAUCCUGCAUACAUCAACUUGUUGUCAUUUCUAGUGAGUUUACAAAAUUGAGGGGAUUUUGCUUUGUUACAAGAAUUAUAUGCACAUUUUGUAAACAUACCACUUUUCUUGAUGGGCACAUAUGUAGUAUUUCCACAGUUUAUAAAGACAGGCUGAAUGUUUAAGAUGUAGUCAUGAUGAUGUGCCUAAUAAUAUUUUUCACAUUAAAGACUAGUUUAGACCCUGC